AUGAGACUUGUGUCGAGAAGACGUUUGAAAGGGCUUGCCCUGGUUGCAUUUGCCUUGAUUGGUAUAACCAUUUUUGUCAGAAUAUUGAUGGAAUUUCAGUUGGAAAGAGAAGUUAGUUUCUACAAGAAGUUCUUCAGGUUGAAGAAAGAUGGGUUGCAUGGCGUGUACAACCCUAUUGAUAUUAAGCAGAUACCAAAACAAACCAUCGAUGAUUUAUACCGGGCGAAAAUGGAGACAGUGAGUGCGUCAAAACCUAUUGAUUGGUCCAAGUAUGCAUACGUGAAUUAUGUGACUGAGCCAAACUACCUCUGUAACACUUUAAUUAUGUUUCACGCGUUGAUCAAGAAGUUUGGAACAAAGGCUAAGUUGGAGUUAUUGAUCUCCAAUGAGUUGUUCAAGUCAGAGAUUCAGUCCAGAAAUGAGCAAGUUCAAAGGAUCUUGAAGAAGAUACGCGAACUAGACUCUGAACAGAUUGUUAUUAAAGAAGUUCAGAAUAUUGUGAAGCCUACUGAUCAAUCUCCGUGGAAUGAGAGUCUAACCAAACUAUUAGUGUUUGGUUUAACAGAAUAUGAAAGAAUUAUAUAUUUGGAUAACGACGCGAUCCUACAGGAUAAAAUGGAUGAACUGUUCUUUUUGCCAAAUGACAUCACAUUUGCGGCGCCAUUAACAUAUUGGUUCAUGUCAGAGAAAGACUUGGAGAAGACUUAUAAGGAAGUUCAACACGAUAAAAUGAGUAUUAAUUUGAACAAAUACACAAAACAAUUAUCCAAUAGAAUAAGAAACGGGAAGGAAAUUUAUAACCAUUUACCAGCUCUUCCUCAAUCUUUGUAUUUGAACUCGGAUAGAGUGGCCAAGGAAAUUCUGGACUCUACAUCUUCAGCAUCUCCAUUAUUCGAUGCAGACUCAUUGAAGAAAGUUGGAAAAGUGAAGUUCGCCUCCAAUCUGAUGGUCAUUAAGCCAUCACAAGAAACUUACGAUUAUAUUAUUAAUGAUUGUCUUCCAAGAAUUGUUAACAAAAAAGAGAAAUACGAUAUGGAUCUAAUAAAUGAGGAGCUGUAUAAUUUGAGACAUGUGGUAUCCAGACAGGUUACUUUAUUUAGAAAGCUGAGGUCCGCCUUCAAGCCAAGUAUUCUUGUAUUACCAUUUGGCACGUACGGUAUAUUGACUGGAUCCAUAAGAAAACCACAAGAACACAUGAUUAUGCGUAAUGAUAUACUGGGCUACAAGAAUAUCGAUGAUGAGGGAAAUGAGAUACAGAAGUCCAUUGAGGAAGUGGUUCUAAACAACAAGUAUAUUCACUUUUCUGAUUUUCCUUUGGGUAAACCAUGGGCGUAUAGCUCUUUUGAUCAACUGAAAUGUAGAGUUGACCCCGCUUCAUCCAAGGAUGUCGCAGCGGAUCAAAAGAAUUGUGAUGUAUGGAAUUCUAUUUAUGAGUCAUACUUUACACAAAGAAUGGUCUGUUCGAAGGACGAUUCCCCAAAAGCCAGUGAGAUUCAAGCCGCAUGA